AACGUAAAUAAAUGCUAUCAUGAAGGUUAAAAUGAUAAGUCGCAACCCGGACAACUAUGUCCGGGAAACCAAGCUGCAGCAACACAAAAUGCCCCGCAACUAUGAUCCAUCGCUGCAUCCACUGGAGGGCCCCAGGGAAUAUGUGCGUGCGCUGAAUGCCACCAAACUGGAUCGCGUAUUUGCCAAACCUUUUGUCUGCAAUUUGAGUGGACAUCGCGACGGCGUUUCCUGCUUUGGCAAGCAUCCCAAGCUGCUCUCCACGCUAGCCACCGGAGCCUACGACGGCGAGGUGCGUAUCUGGGACCUGGCGAAUCGCGUGAGUGCCCGGAGCUUUGUGGCCCACAAUGGAUUUGUGCGGGGAAUCGCGUAUGCGAAGGAUGGAGAACGUAUCUUCACCGUCGGCGAUGACAAAACCAUUAAGGUUUGGAACUCACAGGCACCGGAGGUGGGCGAGGAGGAGGAGCCGGUCAACACAAUACUGAGUCGAUAUGGCAUGCAUGGCAUUUCGCACAACCGCAAAGACAACAGCUUUGCCACGUGUGGCGAGGUGUGCGCCAUUUGGGAUGAGCAGCACAAUGAUCCUCUGAAGACGCUUAAAUGGGGAGUGGACACCCUGCACACGAUUUCGUACAAUCCGGUGGAGACCAAUGUGCUGGCCUGCUGUGCCAGCGAUCGUAGCAUCAUACUAUACGAUCAACGUGAGGCUCAACCGCUGCGCAAGGUGGUGUUAACCAUGAAGAGCAACAAGCUGGCCUGGAAUCCCAUGGAGGCGUUCAACUUUACAGUGGCCAACGAAGACUGCAAUCUCUAUACCUUUGACACACGUAAACUUCAAACUCCUCUAAAGGUGCACUUCGAUCACGUUUCCGCCGUAACCGAUGUGGACUAUGCACCCACAGGGAAGGAAUUCGUCUCUGCUAGCUAUGACAAGACUAUACGCAUCUAUCAUGCCCAUCAGAGUCAUUCCCGAGACAUUUACCAUACCAAGCGAAUGCAACAUGUGGUCUGUUGUGCCUGGUCUUUGGAUAAUCGAUAUAUUUUCUCUGGCUCCGACGAAAUGAACGUGCGCAUGUGGAAAUCGAACGCGUCGGAGAAGCUGGGAAUCAUUCGCCCAAGAGAACGUACUAAUUUCAACUAUCAGGAGGCCCUCAAGGAAAAGUACGCUGCACAUCCGCAAAUCAAACGCAUCGCACGUCAUCGUCAAGUGCCGCGCCAUGUUCUCAAUGCCCAGAGAAAGAUGCGUGCGGGCAAAGAGAAGGACCAAGUAAAGGAGGCCAAUGUGCGAAAGCACUCCAAGCCCGGCAAAGUACCCUACGUCAGCGAGAAGAAAAAGCAUGUACUGAAGGAAGAAGUCUAAAUACGUUUACAAACCAAGUAGUCGAAUAAGUAAAACAGAAACACACGUAGGACCAUACCAUACCAUACCAUUGAUAAUGAAAAGAAAGUAACGAA